ACGGUGACUUACACUCAGUUACAGAGCAGCUAAGGUUCCUUAACUUCUUGCGAAUAACAAAAACUUAAAAUGGAAGAGGAGGAGCCAAUGGAUAUUUCAGGGGAAGAGAGAGACUUCUUCAGUGCAAAAAUUCUGCCAAGCAGAUUUACUGAAAACUCAUCAGGCAAGUGGAAUUUGAAUGCCACUGUAUGUUCCUCUUCACCAACCAGAAGUGAGACCAGGCAUUUUGGAAGAUCGACUUCUAUUGAUGAAGUAAGAAACAGAGUAAGCAAAAAUAUGUUUACUGAAUUUAAAAGAACAGUUAGUGAGGACCUAAGUGGAAAAAAUUCUAUUAGAAGUUUAACAUCUAAGAAACGACACAGCUUGAGUGGACCAAUACCAAAAAAACCCAGACUUGUUGGACCUGGAAAUCCUGAAUAUAAACCAGAUAUAGAGAAACAUAAGGAAAAACCUUCGUUAUUCAGAAACACAAAAGGAAAAUUCAUCCUCUGGGCUAUUUUGAUAGCACUCUGUUUUGUUGGAAAACUUUAUCUAUCACAAACUGUAUGUGAGUUAUUUGUGGACAUUCCAAACCUGGAAAGAAAUUUUGACAGUUUUCUGUUUGGGCAGCACAUAGCAAGGAAUGUCUCUAUAUCCACAUUUUCACAGUACUGGGAGCAAUCUUUGAAGACAAACCAUUCUCAUUUGAAACCUGUUGUCUUCUCUUUCCAUGGUUGGACAGGUGUAGGGAAAAAUUUUGUUAUGAAAAUAAUUUUGAACUCAUUACAUAUGCGCCAUACAAAAAUGUUUUUAGUUCCUAUGCAUUUUCCUUCAUCCACCAUUCCAUCUUAUGCAAAAGACAUUAUAAAAUCAGUAAGAAAACAUAUCAGGGACUGUCGAUUCAAUGUCUUUAUUUUCGAUGAAAUGGAUAAAGCUCCUCCAUCGUUGAUAAAAGGACUAAGAUCAGUGUUAAUUUCACUGAAAAAGAAAGAAUUUGACAAAUUAUGGAUAGUGUUCAUUUUCCUCAGCAAUUCCAAAGGAACAGAAAUUAACAAAUUCCUUUUCUCUGAAAUAGCAGCAGGAAGAAGAAGAGAUGAUUUGACCUACGAAGAAAUUAUUUCUCUUCUGCAUCAAAAUUCAGAAAAAGAGUGGUACCAUGAACUACACAAGGAAAACCUAAUUGAUAUUUAUGUGCCAUUUUUACCACUAAACAAAACUCAUGUUGAGCAGUGCAUCAAGCAAGACCUACGCCAGAAAAAGACAGUGCCAUCAAAUGAUUUAGUGCAGAAAAUUGUCAAAGAGUUGAGUUUUUUCCAUCCAGCAGGAAGCCCCGUGGAGUACUCUCUGACUGGGUGUAAAAGGGUUCAUGAUAAAGUUGAUUUGCAUAUAACAUCAGUUGAUUAACCAUUUUUAUGAUUUUUUUCAUUUAAUUUGUGUAAAAAAGAACAAGAGGUGCAUUAUGUAUUUUAUUAUUUGUACAUUCAAAGAUGGUAUUAU